UCGAACAAAGCUGCAUUACUUUCAUAUUCUUUGAAUUAAUUGUUUAUUAGUUUAUUAGUUUUUAACACUGUUCUCUAAACAUGUUGCAAUUAAAGAAUAAAGAUUCGAUCGACUUUAGAGGAUACACAGUUAUAAUACCUAGCAUAUGUGUUGGAAAUGCGGCGCAAUUGGCCUGCGAUUUGUUGAUUGCAUCAAAAGAAAUGGAACGGAUUGGCAGCCUAAUGCAUCCUGGAUUAAUACCCGUUUUUGGCCCUUCGGCGUAUCAGCACGAUCCUGAUGAAAGAGUCGCUUCUUGUGAAAUAUAUCAGAGUAAAACCGAUAAAUUGAUCGUAAUUCAAUUUCGGACUCCUCUCAUAUCACGCCAUGCGCAGAGUUUCCAUAGUUACCUAGCUCAGCUAGUGCAACAAGCUGAAAGGGUGGUUGUACUUGGUGCUAGUUUUGGGUUUGAAAAACGCGAAAUCGGUACAUCGCCUUAUGAGUACUGCGUAUCUGAGAAUUUUCGUGAAAGCCAUAAAACCGAAUUAGAUAAUGUGAAAUGGAUGGAGUUUAAAGGAGACGUAGUAUUUGGCGGCGGUAAUGGACUCCAAUUGUUCCACAUAUUAAAAGACAAACAAAUUCCUGUGAUGUUAUUAUUUCGUUACGUUUUGGAAGGUGAUAAUUCGACGGAUGCUAAGUUAAUUAUCAAGGAACUAAACGAUCUAUGCUCUAGUUUUUUGCAAUUGAAACUAGAGGGCGAAAAAAUGAAGCUUAUAGUUCCUAUUUCUUGGAAAUUAUUAUUUGGAAACGAUGUAACUUCUCUAAUUUUUUAAUACAAAUUCAAUAUAUAUACAUAUAUUUUUUAAUGUAGUUUGUGUUUGAUGAAUCCAAAAACAAAGUUACAAGGUAAAAAUCUU